AAAGUGGAGGAGGAGACCAUAGAAAUGAACGCACUGGGAGGAUGACAGCUUUUAGCCGCUACUGUAACCCUGAACCUCUGACACCCAUAUGAACCGUCAGCGAGAGAACCACUAACCCAGCCCGCAUCCUCUAUCCUGAGCAAAAAGCGAGGGGCCGUGGGCUCCUUAUGAUUUCAUAGACGCUAUUUCUCUAACACCAUGGUGCUGGGCAAGGUGAAAAAUUUAGCGGUCUACUUCGACUAUCUGAACGACAACAACGUCCACGUUUACUCCGGUGGGGAUUCGGUCUCGGGGAGGGUGAUAAUCGAAGUCAUCGGCGAGGUUCGCGUCAAAACGUUGAACAUAACCGCCAGAGGCGUAGCCAAGGUGCGGUGGACCGAGUCCCGGAACGCCGGAGCCAACACUGCCUACACUCAGAAUUACACCGAGGAGGUGGAAUACUUAAACCAUAGCGACACGUUAAUAGGAGAGGAGAGAGACGAGGACAGUACAGAGGAGACCCUCACUGUUCUCAACACAGGAUUACACGAAUUCGCCUUUAGCUUCCUGCUACCACAGAUGCCCCUGGCCACGUCGUUUGAAGGGAAGCAUGGCAGUGUGAGGUACUGGGUGAGAGCAGAGCUCUACAGACCAUGGCUGCUGCCUUUCAAAGUCAAGAAAGAGUUCACUGUGUUUGAACACAUCGAUAUCAACACUCCACUGCUGCUGGCCCCUCAAGCUGGCACUAAGGACAAGACCUUAUGUUGUUGGUUCUGUGCCUCGGGACCCAUCUCACUCAGCGCCAAGAUAGAGAGGAAGGGAUACACGCCAGGUGAGUCCAUCCAGAUCUUUGCAGAGGUGGAGAACUGUUCGUCCAGGGUGGUGGUGCCCAAGGCAGCGCUGAGCCAGACCCAGACCUACUUCGCCAAGGGCAAGGCCAGGCAGCUCCAGCAGCAGAUGGCAGCCCUGUGUGGGGACACCCUACCCCAGGGGAAGAGCCAGAGCUGGGAUGGAAAACUCCUCCACAUACCCCCAGUGUCCCCAUCCAUCCUGGACUGUCCACUCAUCAGAGUGGAGUACUCACUAGUGGUGUAUGUGGACAUCCCUGGGGGGUUGAACCUGUCUCUAUCGUUGCCGUUGGUGAUCGGGACCAUCCCCCUCCAUGCAUUCACCAAUCGAACAAGCAGCAUCAGCAGCUACUGUAGUAGCAUCAGCUGGCCAGAGAGACCUGAGGCUCCCCCCAGCUACAGUGACUUGGUGGUGACAGAGGAGCAGAGGUGGGGCUGUCUGGAGGGGUCAGAGGUCAACGAAGAGGACCAGGGAACACUGCGCACUUACAUCACAGAGUUCAGAUACCAGCCCCCACCGCUCUACUCCGAGGUUGACCCUAACCCAGAGCCAGGCUGUGGAGGUCAGGUGGUCAGGAGACCUGACCUCUGCCCCUCUCGCUGAGCACAACACUGACCUGCUCAGAGCAGACAGGCAUCUACACCUACAGAUGGAUCCAACAUGGCCGCUGCUAUAGCCCCCUACUGGAGCCAGUCACGUACAGGUGGAUCCAACAUGGACGCCGCUAUAGCCCCCUCCUGGAGCCAGUCACCUACAGAUGGAUCCAACAUGGCCGCCGCUAUAACGUCCUACUGGAGCCAGUCACCUACAGAUAGAUCCAACAUGGCCGCCGCUAUAACCCCCUACUGGAGCCAACAUUGCGUCUCAUCCUUAGUUUUCUCGGGUACAUAGAUCAACAAGAUGCAGGGCUGUCAGCUCUGAUAGACACUCUGUGGAGAGGCCAGGAGACGCCUCAGUCUGACCAGCAUCACGGUUCUCUGCUGGUCAGAAAGAAUAGAUAGUCCUUAGACCAAUCUUCUGGUACAUAUGACCAUUACGUGGCACAUCUAAGACUAGAAAGGAGAGGAGAAGAAGAAAAUAGAUAAUCCACUGUUGGACUGUUGGAAACAGUGGUCAGGAUCUCCUCCAGCCUCGGAGUGAAUUUUGCACAUGCCUCUCACUGUUUUUCUACUUAACUUCCACAGCUUUUCUUCCUCAACUGUCCUAUAUGCUGGAACAUGUCCGUUGUCUUCUCACCACCAUUACUACUUAACAAGAAACAACACCGAUCACAGACUCUUUUAGAACAAACUAAGAAACAAAUGAAAGGAAAUGUUUUUAGAGAGGUGUUAUUGUGUCUUGGGUUUCCUGAAUGGGGAAUGUGGUACAUGGUGAAAUGACUAGUGUGUGUGUUCAGACACUGUGGAUCUGUGAAGCACUCACUCACUCUCUCUGUCUUUCCUCACUAAACCCUCCAUUGAUACAGUACCCUACUAAGCACUUGUUUGAUUGUAGUAUGUGGACAUAUGACACAGAAAGAAGCUCUGUAUUUACAUAAGAGGCAAAGAAACAGCCAGAUGUAAAAUAAAAUAAGGAAAAAAUACAUUUGAAAUGUUUACAGGUCAAUUGUCCUUCAAAGUUGAUCUUCACCUCCAAACAAAGUGCAAUAUAUUUUUGUAUUUGUCGUUUUUCUGUUUGUGUAAGUGAUGCCAUUAUAGCCAUUACUGAUCUGAAUGCUAUCAUGAUCUUCCUUUGUUUGAAAUAAAGAAGCCUUUUUGUAGAAACUGAA